CGAUAGUUUUUGUGCUUGUUUUUUUCGAGUGCACUUGGUGUAAGAAGUGGGAAGUCGUUUAGCAUUCGGUACGGGAGCUGACACGUGGUGUAGCAGAGGGAAAGGCUUGCGGUCUAGAGGUUCAUUAUCCGUGUUGAAUAACAACAAACCAGCGAGAGGUGAUUUGAAUUAAGGAUUUUGUGGCACUUGUAAUUGUGCAUUCGUUAUUUUAUUUACAUCUACACUUUUAUUUGUUGUUUAAGAGCUGGUUUUACCCACGGUCAAGAAAAGCAAUAUGUGGCAGAAUACAUCCGACUUCCACGGCUAGACUCAUCAACAUGCACUUCUUCCUCCUUUGAUCUCCAUUAUUGCCCUUAACAAUGGAAUAGAACCGCCUCUUCACGACAUUUUCCUGCGUCUUGAAGAGCGGGUGUUCCCUGUAAAGCCCCGUGCUCGCUAUGUGCGCCAUGCCAUGUAACGGCAGAGCUGGGAUAUCCGUCUUCUCAAAGCUUCUUUUGCCAUUCAGGAGGUCACGUCACGAGAGGGUGAUCUUAGCGCGCAGCGAGAGCGCACCCAGCGAGCACGUCUUGAAAGUGACCAUCACCGAGACGACGGUGAUCGAAGCCGACUCGGGCGUAUGGAAUUCCAAAUCGCUGGCGUACCUCAUCCUGUGGUACUUCUUCAGCUUCUGUACAUUGUUCCUCAACAAGUACAUCCUGUCCCUGCUGGAGGGAGAGCCGAGCGUACUGGGUGCUGUACAGAUGCUUUCCACCACAGUGAUUGGCUGCAUUAAGAUGUUUGUGCCUUGUUGCCUGUACCAGCACAAAUCCCGUGCUGAAUACCCACCCAACUUUCUCAUGAUCAUGCUCUUCGUGGGAAUAAUGAGGUUCACCACUGUGGUGUUGGGGCUGGUCAGCCUGAAAAGCGUAGCCGUGUCAUUUGCUGAGACGGUGAAAAGUUCGGCACCCAUCUUCACCGUCAUAAUGUCCAGACUGAUACUGGGGGAAUACACAGGUCUUUGGGUGCACUUGUCUCUGUUCCCAGUAAUGGCCGGUCUGGCCCUGUGUACAGCCACUGAAAUCAGUUUCAACAUGCUAGGCUUUUCUGCUGCUCUCUCCACUAACAUCAUGGACUGCUUACAGAAUGUAUUUUCUAAGAAGCUGCUAAGUGGGGACAAGUAUAAAUUCAGCCCCCCAGAACUGCAGUUCUUCACAAGUGCCGCUGCAGUGAUCAUGCUCAUCCCCGCCUGGGCGUUCCUCAUGGAUAAUCAUUUGUUUGGGAAAAGUGGCCGUGGUGUAAACCUGACCCAGGACAUUUUGGUGCUGUUGCUGGUUGACGGAGUGCUGUUUCAUCUGCAGAGCGUCACGGCCUACGCCCUCAUGGGACGCAUAUCACCGGUCACUUUCAGUGUGGCAAGCACGGUGAAGCACGCCCUGUCCAUCUGGCUGAGCAUCAUCGUGUUCAGUAACCCCAUCACGCUGUUGUCCGCAUCAGGCACCUUCAUGGUGUUUGUGGGCGUCUUGCUGUACAACAAAGCCAAACAAGUGCAGAGGAAAACACUGCAGACUCUCGUCCAGUCAGAUUCAGAUCACAGACCCUUACUUCAAGAGUCCAACCUGAAAGCAGCUGAUGACUGAUGAUGACACUGACAGAUGGGACUUGAAUCAUACAAGCAAUUUAUUUUUUUUUAUAUUUAUUUUCAAAAGAUGGACAAAACCGGUAUUACUCCAGCAGCUUUGUCCACACCACAUUCCUGUUUUUGACGUAUUUGAUACCUCACACGAGUGCUGACAAGGUCAAGGGUCUAACAAGGAGCAGAUGAUUUGUACAGAAUCGACCAGAAGCAAAAUAUACUUCGAUGAAUCGUUCAGAUCUCUUUUUAUAUCUAGAUCACUUCACCGUCUUUAUUCCAUGCUAGUAAUAUUUACAUAUCUAGAGCGUGUGUACAUUUACAAAAUGUCACCCCACCAGAUCCCCCCCACCACCACCACCACCGCUUGUACAUAUACAAUCAUAUAGAUUCCUAGUGGUGAUCUAAUCAACGACAGGGAACGUUAUCAGGAUGGAGUUGGAAAGCUAGUGUCAGAUCAGAGGUUUCGUAGGCAAAGAAAAGUGGAGCCGCUGAACAGCCUUUCAGAAUUAUUACUGACCCAAAAAAUAGAUAUAUGUUUGGGGGCCAAAACAAUCCACGCUAUAACCGACCAAAUGAAUGCGCUGUGAUGGAUGUUUCUGAUCAGUUCGUCCUCUCAUGAUGUAUACCGCUGUCAUUCGUUUUUUUGUUUUUUUUUAACUCACUAAAAGGUAAAAGUGCAUCUAGUCUAAUUUUUACAUUUCUGUAAGAUUUUCUCAUUUUUCUCAUAAUUGCUUCUUUUAGAAAUCAGUGCUUUACUAUUAUUAGCAAGGAAAAAAGUGCCUGUCCAUAAAACGAUUUAAAAGCUUAAAAUUAUGGACUUAUAUACCACCGUUAUUUGUGUAGUUCAUCUGUUCAUCUACGAGCAGAAAUGACCACUUUGUUAUAACUGUAGAGAUUUUUUUUUUUUUCCAGGUUUUUUUUUUUUUUUUUUACACGGCAUACAACAUAUUACGUGACUUACUGAUACAUAUUAAUGCAUUAUUGCAUAUCUCUGCUAUUAUCAUUUUUGUUCUGAUUGUAGAGAUAUUUGUUCAGUUAGUCAGUAAGAUGGUUCUGUUUGUCUUACAGGGAUGAUGCAUUGCAUCCAGGCGUAUCGGUGCAGCUAAAUACGCUCUGUACUGUGAUUCGGUUUCUACUUAAGCUUACAGUUUAUCUAUCUAUUUUUCCCCCUCUAUGCUGGGCCAAAUGAUGAACAGCCCUGCAUUUCUGACAGAACCUGUGUUCCUUAGACUACCUGGUUUAAAGCCUGUGUGUCCGUCAUCUAAUUUCCACAAGAUUAAGAGCCUCAGAUCGUUGUCUUUUACUCGAUCUGCUUUUACUAGACUUGUACUUGUAUGAAGAUUUGUGUUCGAAACCUGUGUACUGACAUUUUGAUUUCUAUUAUAGAAACAGCACCUUUCAUCAGCCGGAUGAUUUUAAACUGUACUUCAAUUUCUUUUUCCUUGUUGUAACAUAUCAAGAUGACAGUCGUCAUAGCAAAAAAAAAAAAAAGUUUGUUUCUAUAUUAAUGACUAAUAUUGGUCAGUUUUUAAUUCUGUACAUGAUGUUUUUGUAUAUAUUUUUUUGUCUGUACUCAUUGAGCUGGUGUGCGUGGGUGCAUGCAUGUGUGAAUGUGCAGUCUGUGCAUGUCACUUUAAUUUGGAAGAACGAUGUCUCUUUUAAAUUCGUAUUAAACAGAAAACAUCUUUUCA